AGAGCACCCAGAGGACGCGUGGAGCAGGCUGGAGGGAGUCAUUUGGAGCAGCACUGGCCUUGGGGACGGCGUGAGGAACCACCCCGUGCCAGCACCAGAGCCACAGGGACAGCCGUGACGCGGGGCGGGCUGCUAGCUCUGCUACAGCCAUGAGCUUGGAGCCCCACAAACCGGAGCUCAAGUCAGCCACCAGGGUGACCGGGGGACCCGCCACCCCCCGAAAAGGACCACCUAAGUUCAAGCAGAGGCAGACGCGGCAAUUCAAGAGCAAGCCACCCAAAAAGGGGGUGCAGGGGUUUGGCGAUGACAUCCCGGGCAUGGAGGGGCUAGGAACAGAUAUCACCGUGAUCUGCCCUUGGGAAGCCUUCAGCCACCUGGAGCUGCACGAGCUGGCCCAGUAUGGCAUCAUCUAGGCUGGCCACGGCCACCACCACCUGCCCUAUAGCAGUGCUUUUUUAGAAACUGCCCCAUCCACACAGUGGGACAUAGCCUGGAGAAACACUCAUUAAAACCCAAAAUAAA